AUGUUGCAUGACAAUUGGACAGGAUUAGAUUCUCUGAUUAAUCUCACUGAUACAGAGGGACUUCGCAUCUGUGGGCUUCCGAGUAUGGCAGUUGUAGCUGAUGGCAUUCGUAAUGGGAUCGAGGAGUCGAAACCCAACUAUCUCCUUGAUCUGGCAAUGUCUACCAAAUCCAUUGCCAAUAGCUACAUCUGA